ACGUAUUAUAAGCUGCAUAAGCCUACNACUAUAAUGGUUCAAAGCUUGCUGUCAAGACCUCAAGUCAAGAUGGCGGGUUGUGCGGUCAUGUCGCACUUUGCUCAGACGGCGCCUAUCCAGAUCUAUCCUCGCUCUGUCGCACGUAUCGUCGUCAACCUACCUCGCUCCCGCCGCAAGCCGACUUGGGGUNGGGAAGAAGACGUCGUGCUUCAGUCAGCAUGGCUGCGCUCUUUCACUACCGAUGGAACGCUGGCCACUCUGGAUAUGGACAGACCACCCAACAAGUCCAUGNCGCCUUAUGUGACGAAGCCGAAGAUAGAGCUCAAGGCAAAGGCAAAGAAGUCAGUUCGUUUUGACGAGACGGUGACCGUGCAUAGNUACCCUGCACCCAUCACCANGUCGGUCGCUUUCAGCAGCCGCAUUCAAGUCAGAACUUACCAGCCGGCGAGACCUCGCCCGGCAGUGAUCUCUGCGCCUGCGAUCCCCAAGAUCGUCCUCACCUCACCAGGUUGCACGGAACGCACUAUCUUACGAGCUCAGCCUGGGCCGGGGGCCAAUCCGGUCAAGAAGCCUGCCGUCGAGAAAGUGNUUCCAUUCAAGGACAUCAACGCUGCUGCACACAAGCUUGCAGCAUCAGCAGAGCCCAAGCGAGCACUCUUAUGCGAAUACAUCAUCUGCGAAGCUUUUGGGGAGCUUGUCGGCGAUGUCGCUCGUGUUCUGCUUCAAAGGGGCCGAAUCACGCUGCAUACGCUCUGUCGGUGCUUGCCAAUGCCGAGUAAAAUCGUCAGGAGCGCCUUGGUGACACUCAUUCAGCAUCAUUGCUGCUUUUAUGCCACGCGAGCAGACGACCCUUUUCCGCUGUAUGAGAUCAAUCAGGAGAAUGUCAUGCUCAGGCUAUGGCACGAUGCCAUCAUCAAUCAGCUCGCAGACGAGCAGUGCUUUCUCGUCGCUACUCUCCUCCAGAACGGCACCAUGCGCGGCAGUGAUCUCGUCGAGGCCCUUUGCAGCAGUUCGUCAUGGCAAGCAUCGAAAACAAGAGCGACUCAAGCGCUUUCCGGUCUUUGCCAGCGCGGCUACUUGGGCAUCAUGACUGCAAACCUGACAAGCAGUCCUCAAGACGAAGCACACGACUAUCGCGAGAGGAAGCUGGCAGAGAUGCCCAAGAACAACACGCCGAAAAUGCAAAAGGCGCUUGCAAGCGAAGUCUAUCAGUUUCUACUCAGACGAGUCGGCGAGGAUCACGACUUGGCGCAAGAGGACGCGUUUCUGGAGCCAGCAGAUGAAGAGGAACAUGUCAGAAAGCGUCGCAAGGCAGACUCGGACAGGCACGCUUCGAAGAGGCCCAAUAUAUUGCAGACCAGCUUCAACCCCGAAAGCUAUUACAUGAUCAAUUAUACCCGCUUUCUGAUCAAAUUUCGCAACAAGAUGGUCGAAGACUCAACGCGCGCGCGCUACAACAGAGGCGUUGCCCUGGUCAUGCAGCAGGCACUUAAGCUUACCGAAGCCAAACAGAGACGUCUACGCGAACCGCUGUCCGAGCGCUUCCGGACUACAGAGAUUCUGGAGGAAUUGGCUGUACGCCGUCAUGGAGAAAGUCGUGCGGAAGUGAUGCGCUCCUUCGUCAGCAUGGCGUCAGAGUUCAAUGUCCUCAACCCGGAGUCUUGUGAGAUUCAAGAAUUUCGGAUCGAUCAAAAGACGACGCAGGAACUCGUCGGCGAGAUACUCGUGCGACUUGCGCGAGAGGACGAGGACUUUCUUGAGGCGGGUUCGGGAGGCGUAGCGGAGCAUGCUUGGCUCGAGCGUUCCGGCGGUCCGACGGUGAGAAAACAGAGCACCAAUCGAGAUGGCGAGACCUGGCGUAUCAACUUUGCUGCUAUUCGCAGCUCGCUCAAGCUCGCCCUGAUCGAGAAUUACAUUCGGCACAGGCUCGACGCCGUCUGCUGGAGAAUCUGGUUGCUCUUGCUUCUCAAAGGCAAUUUGGAGGAGAAGACUAUCUGCAAGCAGGCAAUGAUACCUGCCAAGGAAUGUCGAGACGGACUCCUGAGCCUGUACCGGGCCCAGCUGAUCGAAUCCCAAGAGGUACCGAGAACGAACGAGCGCAUACCUCAACGAACUGUCUUCCUCUGGUUCGUCAAUCUCAAUCGCGUCGAGACACAACUCGUAUCGCAAGCUUACGACAUGCUGGUCAACAUCAACAUCAAGUUGCAGGGCCUACUGUGCGACAAUGGCAUACUCGUCGCCAAGGGCAAGCUCAAGAGCGUCCAGGAGGACCCAAGCCUGCUCAAGGACUCCGAACACGAGUUGAUCAGGACGGUCGAGUAUGCUGUCGCCGCGCUCAGAGCCAACAGCCAGAGCAUAGCGGAAUAUCGCGUGCGCGCUCUUCCAGUCAUGGGGGACGCUAAGAUGCCCGGCUCGCCUCGAGAGAUUGGCAAGGCCAUCUUGCCGACGCUGGCAGCCAGACGAAAGCUGUCGGUUGACGAGACAGCGGCCAGGGACAAACUUCUUAUGUACAACGGUCUCAAUAGCUACGCUCCCGUUGCUGGUCAGGAAGGAAGCUCCAGGCCCGGCAUUGAUCGACUCAUCAGUACAGAAUCGGUAGGCAGUCUUAUGUCGCAGCACAGAUCAAGCGUUUCCGAGUCCCUCUCCGGAGGUAGUCCGGCGCCCGCCGCCGUCGCCGCCUACGCGAGCCGGCAAGGCGAUGAGGCCCGCAAAGCAUUGCAACACUAUCAUCUCCACGGUCACUUUGCGGCCAAGGCAUACCGCGCCGGGACCGAUCCUCAAGCAGUGCUUCAACGAUUUGCGCUCAGGGACAACAGCUCACGCGUGGGUAUUCUGAGAGCGUUACGCAUCGUGAAGAGCGUCUUUAGCGUUCCUGCGGUAGCGCUAGUCCUGGGUGAUCUAGAAUGCCGUGCUGUCGUGGCGUCCAUGGGGCUGUCGGCCCAGCAAGCUAUAUACCUCGAGUCACAGGACAUUUCGAUCUGCACUAGCAAAGACGCGACUGUCGAGCACCCCGAAAGCACUGGAAUGCUGUCAGCACCUGGCGGCAUAACAUGCUUCGUUAAGCAGCCUGUCGAGGCAAAUUUGGAAGGCCCAGAUAAGCCUACACUUAUCGGUCACCUGUGUCUCAUAGAUCAAGGUCGACAAGAUCAACGCUUCGCUCCUCUCAGCGGAGCUGACUUGUCCCUGCUGAACGAUUUCGGAGAACAAAUGGGCGCGGAAAUUGAAGUAGCUCUCCGAAGGCGUACAGCGGAUAGAAAUGAAUGCAUCAGGGACGACUUGUCAAGCUUGCUGAUCAAGACACUCAGCGAGCCAAGUGACGGCGCGGCGAACGCGCCGGCAGAGCUACGCAGAACAUCGACAGCGUCCGCGUCUCAAGCCGAUCGACAGUCGACCGGUCUGCCUGGAACUGUACUGUCCGAACCGUCACAGAGCGACACCCUCGAAGAGACGGACAUGACUCUGUUCGAUCGCGCAGCUGAGAGCGCCCGUCGAUUGCUACACGCUGACGGCGUGCUCAUACUAGACGCUCGAGAAUUCCAUAUAUCUAAGCACGGGGCAACAGACUUUGCAUCGCAAGCGCGAAGCGCGACUUCUGACGUCUCUGCCGCGCCGAAAAGCAGGGGCAAGCAAGCACGCAAAGCGCGUGCCACUGCUGCGCUCGAUGGCACGAGUGUCGGCUGGUUAGAAGACGCGCCGCAAGAGCACGAAGGGCCUAACGAUCGGCCGCAAUACAUGCUUGAUGCGAAUGCAUCUGCACGAACGCGCAUCCUUGGGAAAUUCGAAUCACUAGAGUGCGACGGCUGGUCUCAGCGGUUGCGCAACGAUGACACUAGUCAGCUGCUGUCCGAGGUCUUGUUGCGCUACUUGCAGGACAGUCGCGUCAACUUCAGCUGGGAUGAGCUCACGGUUGUCCUAGCUAAAUUGCUUCCUGCAAGGACACAAGAAGCGCUCGUCAUGCCCUUCUUCAACAAUGACACGCAGCCUCAGAUGAUCCUGAUGGCGGUCAAAUCAGCUCCUUGGUCACCGUUCGAUCUAGCGUCUGAAACGAUUGCCAGAGCAAUCGGCGCGAUCUGCAUGUCGUCACUGCAGCGACGCCAAUUACACCAAGCUCAAAACGUACAGUCCUCUUUCAUCAGCUCCAUCUCACAUGAGCUGAGGAUACCUAUAUCGUCGAUCAUGAUGCAGAUCGAGGCAGUUCAGGAGGCGAUCGCACCCAAUCCGGACAGCGAUUAUGUCUUAUCGCUGCUCGAUCUCAUGCACGUUGCUUCGACUUCGCUUCGCGACAUUCUCGAGGAUGUACUCGAGUUCGGUCAAGCUGGCAGCAAAGCAGCCCCUGCCCCUACUGAAGUAGAUCUUGAGGAAUUGCUCAUCUCAACGGUCCGAUCCUGCGCCGUCAGGAAGGCGCACUUCGAUUCAUUGGUCGUCAGCGAUGCCAACAUCAACACGAUCGUUGCAGAGCCUACACACGUCGAAAUCAUUGCUGAGAUCGAGCAGCGAUCAGAUUGGCUGGCUGUCAUCGAUGCGACUGGUCUGCGACGCAUCAUUCUCAACUUGCUAAGCAAUUCAAUCAAAUUUGUCAAGUCUGGCUCGAUUCGUGUGACGUUGCAGCAAUAUCAGGGCGCGACAGACGGGCCAGACUGUAUUCAGCUGAUCGUUGCCGACACGGGCUGCGGUAUGAGCGAAGAGUUCGUCGCCAAACGGUCUUAUUUCAAACCAUUCAAGCAAGAGAACCCGUUGCUCGAAGGUGCAGGCUUGGGUCUCUCGCUAGUCCUGAAUCUCGUCAGGCGGAUGCAUGGUGAAAUCGAUUUGCAGUCACAGCUUGGCGUCGGUACGACUGUGUAUGUCACCUUGCCGCUUCGCUUCCGACAUGAGCGACAGUGUGAACACCGACAAAUCGCCAGAGCAUACAGCAACAGUGCACUAGCCCGCGAGCCAGAUCGCAGAAAGCUGCAUCUCGGCAAGGAGGCCGAUCGCCCGAGCACACCCCCCAAAUCAGCCUCAGGCACAGAGUCCUCAGUCGAUGAGCAAUCUGAGUCUGCGGGCCUUCGCGUCAUGGUCGCAGAGGACAAUGUGGUCUCGCGCAACAUCCUUGUCGGUCUGUUAAAGCGCAAGAAAGUGCAAUAUAUCGCAGUCGAUGACGGCUCUCGCCUCGUAGAAAAUUAUCUCACUUUCCGGCCCCACCUCAUCUGGACGGACAUACAGAUGCCCACUUCUGGCCUGGAAGCCGCGGCGCAGAUACGCAAACUUGAGCAGGCGUAUCGCUUACCACGCGCCAGGAUCGUUGCCUUCUCUGGCUCGAGCAAGGAAGACUCUAGCCGAGAGGGAUUGCUCGGCACAGGAGAGCUUGACGAUUACUUCGUCAAAGGGUCGAUCAAGCUUGUUGAGCUGUCUAGAAGGUCGAUCAAGCUUGUUGAGCUGUCUAGAAGUCUGGAUGCUCUUCAACAAGCCAUCAAUAGCUCUCAGAAGCAAUCACCUCGACCAAAGNUAGAAGCAACGUCAUGCAGCAUUGACGCUCUGCAGACUUGA